AUGCUGCUGGUGCUGUCGGAGGAGCAGAAGGCGCACCUGGGCUGCCUGCCGCGGGUGGGCGGCGCAGCCGUCGGCGAGCUGGGGCGCCUGGCGGUGGAGCUGCUGCGGCGGGGCGCGGCGCCGCGGGCCUGCGAGGCGGCCGCCAGAAAACUUAACGUCAGCGUUGACACCAUUCAGCAUGGGGUAGAAGGACUGACGUAUCUUCUCACUGAAAGCUCCAAGCUUAUGAUUUCUGAGAUAGACUUCCAAGAUUCCAUUCACGUUCUGGGCUUCUCAGAUGAACUGAACAAAUUACUGCUCCAGCUGUACCUUGAUAACAGGAAAGAGAUCCGAAGCAUUCUUAGUGAGCUGGCACCAAAGCUUCCCAGCUAUCACAGUCUUGAAUGGAGACUGGAUGUGCAGCUUGCAAGCAGAAGUUUGAGACAACAGAUUAAGCCUGCUGUGACUAUAAAGCUACAUCUUAAUCAGAACGAAGAUCAAACUGCCCAGGUGUUGCAAACCGACCCUUCUACCCUCCUCCACCUCAUUCAGCAACUGGAACAAGCGCUGGGGGAAAUGAAAACAAACCAUUGCCGGAGGAUAGUGCGCAACAUGAAAUAGCACUGAUUCGUGGCUGUUGUCUUAUUAAGCAGUUUGUGAAACAACUAAAAGCAAUGUUCACAAAUACAUUUUGAGGAAAAAUAAACAUCUGGAUCAGAUGAAAUGCCUUCCUGUGCCAGGAUCUUGAGCCAGUAAUUAUAGGCUGAAUGUCCUCUGGUGCUAACUUUACACACCUGCCGGAUAUGAGAUAGGUAGUUGGUGUUCCUUUGCUUGCAAAUGUAGAAAUUCAGCAUGCUAUGCUCAAAUUUCUCUAAAUUAGUAUAGUUCUACUUGAAGAGCUUUCCUACAUUAAGUAGAGUUUCCUCAAUAUUGUAUGAAGCCGCACAUUUAUUUUUACACUUAUCAAGUAGUUUUUUCCCUUGGUUUUGCUUCCAUUUUGAAAUUUAAAAAAAAACCCCUAUACUGGUGGAAAUGAUACUUUACAGGAAUGUUUCUUCCAGGUAGACUGAUGUAUGUGUCUGAGUACACGUGGGACUACAGCCCUCUUCCUCCAAAGGACUCAGCCAGCUCGGAGGCUGGGUGUUACGCUGCUUUUCUGCCCUUCUUAGGUAACAAAAGAAAGUAUCAUCAAGCUGACGCUCCCGUCUUAACAAAGCUAGCUGUAACCCCCACCAGGUAGUCUCGUGCUUUCUGCAGGGAGCAGUUACCAUAGAAAACCCAGCGCCCUAAACAUAAGUGAGCAUACUGAUUAUAUGUAAAGGUGAUCUGAAAAAUCGCACAAGUAAAACCAUGGGCUGGGAGGCCGAUUAAGAAUAGUGUUAACUUCUAAAUCUGAUCUUCAUGUUGUGAUGCAACAAUAUUUGUUCCCUUAUUUGGAUAGUGUGCUCAUAAAGAAAAGACAAGACUAGCUAAGUAUUGCAACAUAAAUGAUGCUUUUCCAUUUUUAAGAAAAAUGUCUAACAAAGGUUGUGUCAAAAGUCACUUUUCAAUUGUAUUCUAAUGCAAUAUUUUGUAGCUUUUGUGACUAAGGUUGCAUAGUUUCACUAAUUAAUGCUUUACUGUCACUAGUGAGGGUGCAUCAUAAAGCCCUUGGAGUAUAUUGGAAAGGACAAAUAGGCAAGAGAACCUUAACGUACAGAUUCUGGCAAUAACUGUAUAUUUACUGUCUUUCAUAGCAACACCAUGAAUUUCUGUAUUAAUUGGACUCCUACAUUCACAAAUGCAUUGCGUUUUCUUAUUGUUUUCAAUUUUUGUACUUUUGAGAGAUACUACUUCAACUGAAACGUGCAUGGCAGAAGUGCUUUAAUAAGUAACACCUCCAAUUAAAAAAAGUUAGUUUUCUAGAAUACGGAGUUGCUUAUUCUCUAAUUGCUUUAUACAGAGUGGCAAUGGUGUGAACGAACUUAAUUUCCUCUCCCAUAUAUGAAUCAGCAAUGUGUUUCAUUUACCAUCCGUAUGUGGUGACUUUUUUGAUAGAAUCAUAGAAUUUUCUUCACAUAUAGUAUGUGGUAAUUAAAUGUGAUAAAAUGUUACUA